GCCCAUUAGGGUGUCCAUGCAUCCUCCAAGUGCCUGAGGGGUUCCAGCAGCCCUCACCUCCUCCCAGGGGUCCCAACUCUCCAGGCAAGUGAAGAUGGAGGGGCAGAUGGGAGCAUCUGCCCUGAGGAGGAGAGGUCCCAGCUGUCCUCAGGGAUCCCUUUCUGGGAAGGGGGACACAAAGCCCUAGAAGGGGAGGGCAUGGCAGAACCUGGCCCAGGGGGUGCUGGGCAGAGGUCCCCACAGGGCUCCUUUCUGAUGUGUGUGCUCUGCUCUUCUGCCUUGGCCUGAGGGGUCCCCUGUGGCACUGUGGGAUGGAGGUGCCUGUCUGUCCUCAAGGGACCACCCUUGAACACAGGGGCUGUCCCUGGCCUGGGGAAUCCCCACUGGCCUUGGGGAAUGGAGGGGGUGGACCCCUGGGGUUCUCCUGCCUUCCCCAGGAGGUGGAGAUCCAUGACUAUGCCUAGGUAGGGGCUCUCACCUGCCUUGGGGAAAGGUGGGUUGUCUCCCUCUGUCCCACUGGUUUGAGGUGCCCAUGUGCCCCUUCCUGGUGUCCCUGCACAGCCCAAGGUGUUGGGGGUCCCUGCCAGCCCCAGGGUCCCAACUGGUUGGUGGAGUUUGGUGGGGUUGGGAUGUCACACCUUGCUGUGUUCCCUCAGGAGGCGAGGGGAAUUGUGUCCCUUCUGCUUUUGGGGGUCCUGCCUGGUCCCAUGGUGCCCCCGUUGGCUGUGGGGCUGUUGUGGGGUCUGCCCUGGAGGUUGAGGGUCUCUGCCUGUCCUAGAGAAGUGGGGGUGAAGUGUCCCAAAUGCCCUCCCCAGGUGUGUGAAUUAGCAGCUCCUACCUCCUCUGUGAGGCUGCUGAGUGUGGUGAGGAUGGUGAGAGCGAUAAGGAUGGUGAGGGUGAUAAGAAGGGUGAGAGUGCUGAGGCUGUGGCUGGUGAGGAUGAUGAGAAUGGGAAAGAUGAUGAGGGCGAUGAAGAUGGUGAGAACAACGAGGAUGGUGAUGCUGGGGCUGAUGAGGAGGAGCCGGUGUCUGUCCCCUCUGCAGGUGUUCCGCGUGGAGGUGCUGUGCAAUGGCCGGCGGCACACGGUGACCAAGCGCUACAGUGAGUUCCAGGCAUUGCACAAGCGGAUCAAGAAGACCUGCAAGGUCCCCGACUUCCCCCCACGCCAUGUCCCCAACUGGAUGCCCAAAGCUCUGGAGCAGCGCCGGCAGGGCCUGGAGGUUUACCUGCGGGGUGUGCUGUACCACAACGAGGAGCUGCCCCAGGACGUCCUGGACUUCCUGAAGGUGCGGCGGUGCCAGCAGAACCCCAAGGCCAGCAGCCCCCCCACCAGACUCCUGCCCUCCCAGCGCCCCGUUGUUGGCUUCCGCUCGGAUCCCUAUGUGCGGCCACACGGCUCUGACCUGCUCCCCAACGCUGUCCUCAGCGGGGUCCUGCAGGGCCUCUACCUGCCCCUGAGCUCUGCCCCUGGCCAGGCAGCACCCCCAGCCUCUGGAAUGAGGAGUUCCCAGACACCCACCCAGCACCCAGGGAUGCAGUGGUGAGAAAAGGAUCCUUGUGGGUGAAACUCACUCCUCCCUGCUGGGCUGGGACAAGGAACUGGUGGGAGACAGGGGGAGAAGCCAAAGGAAUGUUGGGAACUGCUCUCCCACCACCAUGCAAAGUGCCUUUGUUGGCAGAGCAGGAGCUCUGCCUUCUCCCUGCUGUUUUGGGCUUGCAGUAUGAGCCUUUGGAUGCUGAGUGGUGCUGGAAAACCUCUCUGCAUCCAGGCUUUGGUGCAAUAAAUCUGGACUUGACUGACUGGCAAAGUGCUGUGGAAUUCUGCAAAGCAAACCCAGGGCCAACU